GCUGUAAGAACUCGAAACUUUUACUCAAAAUUCAAAAAUUGAGUAAACAAUUGGCACACAAUUCAUUGUCUUUCAUAUCCAAUAAAGAACCGAAAAUUCAAAAUCCGCUAUAGCAAAAAAUUGACUGAACAUAUGUUGAAUUCAUUCCAGAUUUGUGAACGGAUUACUCAGAUCUCUAAAAAUUUUUACCUCGAGGCUCUGUGCACAAUUCAUCCGUCGCCUCCAGGGAGCGCAUCGCCGCGGGUUGGUCACUCAUCCUCAUCCUCGUUGGGUGGUGUCGAAGAGAGAAGAGAAGACAGCGACAAAGUUAAAUGAUGAAGAAAGGUUUGGGAAUAAUGGCGGCAAGGGUGGUUAUUAAGUCUUCAGUGUGGUUGGCGGCGGCGGCAGUGGUGGUCAUGCUGGUGGUGGCGUCAGCCCCCAACGGUGGUGAGGCGGCGGGCAUCACCACUUGUGGCCAGGUGGUGAAACCCCUUAUGCCUUGCGUACCUUACUUGCAGGGGGACGGUGCCUCGCCGCCGCCCCCAGCUUGCUGCCAAGGCAUCACAAGUGUAAACAGUCUGGCGCACACCACUCCCGACCGCCAGACCGCUUGCAAUUGCCUCAAAAACACCGCCAUGAAAUUGAACGGGCUCAAACCCGCGCUUGCCCUGUCCCUUCCUUCUAAAUGCGGCGUGAACAUUCCUUACAAAAUCAGCAUGAACACCGAUUGCACCAAGGUGAAUUGACGACGCGGCCGACAGUUGACCAUGGACGGCGACAUCAGAUCGAUCAUCAACCAUUUAAUUUCCAUGCAUGCAUGCAUCUACUAGUAGUAGUAACAAUAAUAAAAUACUACUGUAAUAAAUACGUCAUGAUGAUCCUAUUUCGAUCCGAUCCAUCCCUUUUGGGAUCUGAUUCAUUGAUUGAUUUAGGAGCAUCCGCAGUCAUGAUAUAUCUAUCGAUCAGUACCUUCCUUAAUUACCUAUGUUGCUAAGUAUGUUGUGUUGUUGUAGUGUCUGGUUGUUCGUUACGUUGUCCUCUUUUCUUUUUUUCUCAUUUUGGGCUAGUGGGUGGUUCACCAUGUGCCAUGUUGCCACGGGUGGCCGGCGUUCAAUUAAUCCAUCAAUAUAAUGUUUGUAUUUCACUUUAAUAUUUCUCCGGUU